UAACUGAAUGGAACAAUAACACUGCUUGCUCUUGCUCCUGUUUAGUGUUAGCAUCUGUUAGGUACUACGUUUUUAUUUCAAAUACAUUAUUAUUUCACAUAAGAUAAUUCCCGUUGUUGGAGUUUGGCAGUCACGGCUACUUGUAGGAAUUGGCGUAUGCAAUACGCAUACAAGCGUAGCGGUUGCGAUGGACGUGAUGCUAGCGUGUCGCUGCUGCCUGCUUUGUCCCCCGGACAAAGACCUGACGACGCCGCACACACAUCUCGGCAAAACGGAGAUAUAUGCCGACAUGAUCAAGGAGUGUUUUGAUAUUCAAUUGCAGCUGGCAGUGGGCGGCUCGGGCUCGAGCGGCAUCUGCUGUACGUGCGUGGGCCGCCUGCGAGACGCGAGCGACUUCAAGCUGCAAGUGCAGCGCAGCCAGGCGGAGCUGCAGGCGCGCUCGCAGGGAGCGAGCCUCGUCAAAGAGGAAGAAUCUGCAGUAGAGUGUGAAAACCCAGAAAUGCAGGACACACAUGAGACUUGUGGGUCUGAGCCAGGUGAAGAGCCCGCGGUCAAGCCGGAGAUGCUGGAUGAAGACACACCUGAGGAGAUAUUGCAUGAAGAGUUCACAGUCAAGUCGGAGCCGGCGGCCGAGGACGAUGAGAUGUCGCGGUGUUCGGACGGCAGCGCCCGCGCCAGGGAGCAGCUCGCGAUGGCUUGCUCCGUGGUGCUCGAGCGCCUCCGCGACGACGCGACUGCUCACAGCGGGGCCAAACCAAUCGCCUGCGAACACUGUGGCGAACGUUUUAGAAACGAAACUAUCUUAAAUAGACACAUUCAAGACACACACUUGCCGUCAGCGCCAAAACAAUUUUCUUGUGAUUUUUGUAGUUCUACAUUCCAAACUGAAUCACUUAUAUUAGAGCACGAAAAAAUCGAACAUGGUGUCACAAAUUUCAUGUGCGCUCAUUGCGAUUAUUCAACAAUGUCCAAGAAAUGUUUAGCAGUUCAUUUAAAAAAUCAGUGCAGUUUCAAAAACCUGAUUAAAAGUGAUUUACACAAACAGCAAGCGAUACUCUCCGUAGAUAAAAAGACACACAAAACAACACACAUGAAAUUAAAUACCAGAGUAGAGCCUUAUAAGUGUAGUUAUUGCGAUUACAAGUGUGGUAAUAGGUCACACCUAAGAAGACAUAUAAUGACACAUACCGGCGAAAAGCCUUUUCAAUGUAGCGACUGUGCUUACAAGUGCAUUCGAAGAUCACAGUUACAAAAGCACAUGAGAACACACACCGGAGAAAAGCCUUACGCAUGUAGUCACUGUGAGUACCGGUGCAGUCAAAAGUCAACCCUAAGAACACAUGUAUUGACACAUACUGGCGAUAAGCCUUUUCACUGUAGUCACUGUGCUUAUAAAUGCAGUACCAAAUCAAACUUACAAAGUCACCAAAGAACACACACCGGAGAAAAGCCUUACGCAUGUAGCCACUGUGAGUUCCGGUGCAGUCAAAAGUCAAAACUAAGAGCACAUGUAAUGACGCAUACUGGAGAGAAGCCUUUUCACUGUAGUCACUGUGCUUAUAAAUGCAGUACCAAAUCAAACUUACAAAGUCACCAAAGAAUACACACCGGAGAAAAGCCUUACGCAUGUAGUCACUGUGAGUACCGGUGCAGUCAAAAGUCAACCCUAAGAGCACAUGUAAUGACGCAUACUGGCGAUAAGCCCUUUCAAUGUAGUCACUGUGCUUAUAAAUGCAGUAUCAAAUCAAAGUUACGAAGUCACCAAAUAAUUCACACCGGAGAAAAGCCUUACGCAUGUAGUCACUGUGAGUACCGGUGCAGUCAAAAGUCAUCCCUAACCGCACAUGUAAUGACGCAUACUGGAGAGAAGCCUUUUCUCUGUAGCCACUGUGCUUAUAAAUGCAGUACCAAAUCAACCUUACAAAGUCACCAAAAAAUACACAUGGGAGAAAAGCCUUACGCGUGUAGUCACUGUGAGUACCGGUGCAUUCGAAAGUCAACCCUAAGAACACAUAUAAUGACACAUACUGGCGAUAAGCCCUUUCAAUGUAGUCACUGUGCUUAUAAAUGCAGUAUCAAAUCAAAGUUACGAAGUCACCAAAUAAUUCACACCGGAGAAAAGCCUUACGCAUGUAGUCACUGUGAGUACCGGUGCAGUCAAAAGUCAACCCUAAAAAGACAUGUAAUGGCACAUACGGGCGAGAAGCCUUUUCAAUGUAGUCACUGUGCUCGUAAAUUCAGUACAAGAUCAGCCUUACAAAGACACCAAAGAAGCCAUACGCAUGUAGUCACUGUGAGUACCGGUGCAGUCUUAGGUCAAACCUAAAAACACAUGAAAUGACACAUACUAACGAGGAGGCUUUUCAAUGUAACCACUGUGCUUAUAAAUGCAGUAGGAAAUACAACUUACAAAAACCGGAGAAAAGCCUUACGCAUGUCGUCAAUGUGAGUACCGGUGCAGUCAUAGGUUAAGCCUAAGAACACAUGUAAUGACACAUACAGGCGAGAAGCCUUACGCAAACGAAAUCAGUCUUACAACAACACCAAAGAACACACACCGGAGACAAGCCUUACGCCUGUAGUCAUUGUGUUUAUAAAUGGGAUUCGACGACGACACGACACUAAAAAAUACACACCGGAGAAAAACCGGUGCAGUGAUAGGUCAAGUCUAGGAACACAUGCAAUGACACAUACGGGCGGACCUUUUCAAUGUAGCCACUGUCAUUACAAAUGCACUAAGAAAUCAUCUCUGCGACGUCACCAGAAGACUCAUAUUGGGAUGAACCCUGACAACGCAGCAAUCACCUAAAUCAGAAACUUAGAGCAUUGACAUUUCACGCUCCUUCAGUAAGGAAGGGGCUCCUGUCACGGAGCUCAGGCGCGCUCCCGUGUGUUAAUGCUUCUACUGUACACGAGUUGGUUUAUAGUUAUUUAUGUGACUGGUGCAUAAUGAGACUCAUAAAACAACACCCGUGUGUUAAUGCCUCUCAUUAUGCACCAGUCACGUAAAUAACUAUACAACGACUCAUGUACAGUAAAAGCAUUAACACACGGGAGCGCGCGUGAGAGUGCACGGAUUUCCAUACAAUAUCGCAACUGUCCACACACGUCUUAUUUUUUAAGAUUAUGAGUUUUUUCAGAUUGAUCUGACAGAUUGCGAUAAUCUGAAUUUUAAGAAUGUGUGUGGCAAGGCAGUCGAUCUUAUAAGGUUGUGCAAUUUAAGACUGUCUGUUGCCGGCCUAAGCAAUACGAUGUUUAUCUACAUUCAGAAUGUGAAAAAAUAAAUUUUUAGACAGAUUUUAUGAAGAUUUUACUUAGUACUAGAUGGUACUAGUUUGAACUAGUGAAUUGCAUGCCUAUGGUGUUGGCGAGAUAUGCUGUACUUUUUACAUAAUGACUUCAACAUCAUUGUAUCCAUGUCUAGCAUAAAUAAAUAUUUCUUAUCAUAAUUUAUUUUU